CAAUCCAAUAUGCGGUUCUUACCCAUCCUCCUCCUCUACUUACACCAUGGAGCUGCACUCAAAGUCGCAACAUCCCUUGCCUGGAUCGAGCACACGCCCCAACCCUACGCUAUCAAAAAUUUCUACAAAGGCUCCUCUUCAGCAACCCUAACAUCCGGCGGCGUCGCCAACCUCGGAACCGACAAAUCCUUUGACCUCGCCGCCAACGCCGAAACCCAAGGGCUAAAACAAUACGCUAGCCAUCGCAAAAUUCGCCUCAUAUACAUCGUUUGCGAAGUGGCGUAUCGGAUCGUGGCUGACCGUUCCAAAGGGAUCAAAUCGUUGGCGGAUUUGAAGGGCAAGAAGAUUGGUAGUAUCAAGGGAACCAGUGCAGCUAUCUUUGUGGAGAAGAUGAUGAGGAACGUCGGGGUGAAGGAAGGAGAAUACACGGUUGUUAAUGUGUGCAUGAAGACGCCCUGCGCCUCGAACACCCUCCCUUCACAACUCAAGUCAGGCGCAAUUGAUGCGUUUGGCGUCUGGGAACCAGCCGUCGAACUUGGUGCUCAAACCCUCGGUCCAAACGCAGUUAUCUUCCAGAAUGCAUCAAUAUAUCGGGAAGUCUAUGCUCUGUACUCCACUACAGAAGCACUCGACGACCCUAAGAGGAGAAAAGAUAUCGUUGAGUUCGUGCGCGCGCUCAAUAAAACCUUAGAUGUUUUCGCAAACGAGCCGAAGAAGGCCGGAGUAUAUGAUUUUGUGGCAAAGGAGGUUGGCAUGGAUGCGUCUGUUGUAGAGGCUGUGUGGGAUGAUCACAAAUGGAGUGGUCGAUGGGAUGACAAGGAGCUUCUUGACUUUCUCGUGGAAGAAGACACUUAUUUGGCGCAAGUGGAUAAGAGAACACCGGUACCGCGAAAGGAGUUGCAGAAUUUUCUUGAUACGAGUGUUCUGGACGAGCUGUGACAGGGAGCGCAGACGUGGGAAGUGCGAUGAAUGAUGGGGUGAAGAUACAUUGCUUGUCAGAAUGGGGUUACUUUCCUUGAUGCUCAGAUC